AUGAGCAAAGUCGUUUCAUCCUCUCAGCGUCGGUUUUUUCAUUCGCAUUCGCAUCAUCAGCAACAACCGCAACCCUCCUUGAAUCAUUUACAACAGAGUGCGGCAGUGGCCAUGAUCGGUCUUCAACAAUUACAACAAGUGGCUGUUGCUUCUCAGAUGAAUUCAACCGCCACAACUGCAGUACUUGCUAAUCGUCAAAAGGCUUCCCAUACAUCAUCUAAAAAUAAAGUACAGAUGGAAGAAAAACCAAAGACCAGCAAAACAAAAGAAACAGAGAAGAAAUAUAAUUCUCAGUUGGAUAAGGAUAUUCGGGAGGGAGAUUUGAUAUUUGUAAAAUUAGAUGGCUGCCCCUAUUGGCCAGCAAAGGUUAUUUCUCCUCACGCCCCACACAUUCCAAAAGCAAUACGGGAGGAAAUUCUUGAACAAAUGGAUGAAGAAGAUACUAAUACAACACUUAUUGAAUUUUUUGGUGACGACAAAUCCAAGUAUUACUGUAUGGACAAGGUUGUAGAAAUUUAUACAAAGAAUUCUGACGUGAUUACAGAUAAAAUGACAAGAAAAAACAAGAAAUUAGCUGAGGCUAUGAGACAAGCCUUGUUGUAUGCUCAAUCAGAAGAACUACUCGACAAUAAUUCUUUGCAAAAUCGAAGACAAAGUUUUUCAGGAAAUAAUUUAACAAUUUCAACUACAAAUGACAAAAAGCGAAAAGUGAAUCCAGUAUCUUCUUCCAAUGACAACAAAAAAAAGAAAGUUAUUUCUGAUGACGAGGAUGAUGUGACAAUAUUAAUUUCUGACAAUGAUUCUGAUACAAUGAGCGACGAUAAUGAGCACCAAAAGCCUAACAAUGAUGAAGAAGAAGAGUAUUCAUUUUCUGAUGAAGAAGAGAGAGAAAAAAAGAAAAGCAAACGGAAAUCAUCGAAACGAAACAAAUUCGAGGCCAGUGAUAAGAAUGCAUGCCAUUCGUGUGGAAAGAAUUACAAAAUAACCGUGACAUGUUCCAACGAUCAAUGUGGAAAAACAUUUUGCAAAAAGUGCUGUGGAAAUCCUAAACUCGACAAGAAAUUUUUUGAGGAUUGGCUUUGUAGUGAUUGCAAAGUUUGUGGUAUUUGUGAGAGUGCAACAUGUAAUUCAUCUCCAAAUGUUACAGAAACUUCACAAAUUGCGAACCGUCUACGUAUUUGUUCGAAAUGUGACUCUUCUUUUCAUAUUAAUUGUUUGGACAAUGAAGGGGCGUUUGUGCUCUACAAGGACAUCUUUACUUGCCCCGAUUGUACAGAAAAGAAAAGUGAAUGGCUUCGAAGACGAGGAGAACACGAUUCCACCUUUGAAAAUUAUUUAUUUACUGCCUCUAAAGGAAUUUUAGAAAAAGUCACCCUUGAUUUUGUUUUGAACAGUCAUGACGACGAUCACGAUGCAGAAGACUCUGAUACUGCAUCCACCACCAGUGACGAAGAUCAAUCCGACACAGAAGACAAGCCCAUCAAGGGCAAUCAGAGAACAUCAUCCUCCGUCCCAUCUCCACCUACCAUCCAUCAUCACGCAAUUCCUAACACUGUCGUGACAACCAGUUGCAAUUGCUCUUCAUUCGUGGAUAACAGUUCCACAGAUUCGGGCAAUACCUCACCGACAACCACUAAGAAAUCCCCAAAAUCUGGACGAGCCACAAAGAAAAAGUUAUGCACACAUGAGCAGUACACUCAUACUGCGGCCGUUGCAGAGUCUCCAAAAACAUCCUCCAUUCAUUCACAUCCUCAUACUCACUCUGCGGACAUGCCUCAUUCCCCACCUCUUCACAAACAAGUAUUUGACCAACCAAUGACUUUAUUGGAAACAUCACAUCCUCUCACUCCAUACAUGAAAACAGAAUUUGGCUGUAGUGAUCGACCACAUAAUAGUAGUAGUACAAACACUGCCGUUGUUUCACCCUCCUCAGCACUGAACUGCUCUGGAAAGAGUAGAAAAGCGACCAAAGUCAAACCGAGAGGAGGAGGAGGAGAUGUCUCCAACUCUUCGGAGAGUAGUGGAAAUUUGCAUGCUCCAUCCAGUGUUUCAUCUCCUCUCAAAGAAGAUGUUACAUCCAUCCCAAGUCCAACCUCAAUGAGUCCAACCACUACAAGUCCCUCAUCGAGUAGCAAUGGUGACACACCUUCGCAAGAGCUCAUUACCUUAUUCAUUAAAUGUUUUGUGGAUGGUUAUCAGACAGACUAUACCAAGAGAGUGCGUGUAUCGAGUCACAUUGAUAUUUCUCAACUGAAAUCCAUCACCAAGUCCAUAGUUCUCAAAAUGAAGAAAUCGACCAAGUUGGAUAAUCACAAAAUUUAUUUGAAGAACAUUGACAGACAUGGGCAUGAAGUUCUUCUUGAUUUAGAUGAAGAUUUCUUUUUGCAUGACCGACUCCAAAACAGCGAUGUUCUUGUGCUCAAGAUGUAG